AAAACGCGGUCUUUCACGAGAAAGCAUUCGCCACUCCACAGCCUGGCAGGAUGUCUGCCGAGGACACUAGCCUCAAAUGCUCGACUUUUCAGCUGUGCUCUCCUCUCUUUACAAGUUUUCCAAUGAUGGCUACGUCGAAGAAGUGAAAGCUAGAGCAAAAGAAAACGAAAUGUAUCGUGUGGAAGUAGCAAGGCAUUGUUUACAUCUCUUGCUUGUUGAUUCUUGUACUUUGGCCAGCAACCGCAACAAGCUAUUUCUGAAAUCGGGAAUUUCAGGUUAUCACGACCCUCCUUUUGCCAGUCACACCCCGGGUGGCAGAUAGCUGAGGACCACAGGUCGACUCCAUCUUCGUGAAGUUGCAGGUUUUCUGCCGACUGCGACCCAUGACCUCAAAUCAAAGAUGGCCGAUCUCGGGCCAAGCCCGCUGUCCUCAACACCACUGCGCAGGACGUCGAGCAAGUCCAGGAGACGAGGCCGGCGGGCGAGUGUCCAAGAGGCAAAGCAUCGGGAGGAAAAGAAAGAAGUGGCAGACUAUCAUUACUUCCUGUCUGACCAUGUGUGUGGUCCUGUCAGAGACGCCAACACUCUACUCAGUAUUCAGCAAGAGACAGGCGCCGAGGUACGACUUGCCGACAUCCCAUCGUCCGUACAAGACACCACGUGUUUUCUCAUCCGGGGCAGUCGUGCCGAGAUCGAGGCUGCAGUUCAAACGAUGUGUAAAAAAACCGGUUUGCAGGGAACUCUGGCAAGCCAAGCCCAGGAGUUCUGGCUUCAGUGGGUUCAACAAGCAUACCCCGACCUCCACACCCGGGCCUACUUCCAGCCUGCUGUCUUCAUCAGGCGCGUGCCAGUGAGAGGACAGGAGGUUGCUGGUCACCGAGUUCUCGUUCCUGACCAAGGGAUUAUGUCCCCUGAAGCUUCAACAGAAAAACCCGAGGGACAGCCGCCACCCGUACACGGCAGUGACGUCAGAGACGACGACGCGAUGGAGCGAGUGUUCGUCUGCUGGAAGAGAUUGGCGGAGGAGCACAACGAAGUGUUCAUGUGCGUCAACCAGCUGCGGUUCCAGGAGUACCUGGGCGACCCCUGCUACUCUGCUGCUGCUGCUCAUCUACCUGUGCCCACCUGCCUGCCAUCUUCCAUGCCCUGGCAAUGGAAACGUGGCGACUUCGAUGUGCUCCUCGUUCACCGGCAGUACGGUCUGGUGGUCUGCGAGGUCAAGUCUUUUGGGGGCAACGUGGAGGAGCUGAACAUGACGCAGGAGGAGAUGGACGCACAGAUACAGCGGAAGCUGAAGAAAGCAUCCAAUCAGCUGAAGAAGGCCGAGGCCGUGUUGUCCUACAUCGUGUCGGACAUCGCAUCUGGUCUGCGCAUCACCCAGGUGAUCGCUCUCCCCAACAUCCCGUCAGCUCGCGUGAAGAGGGCGCUGGAGCAGGAUCCUCAGUUGGUAGAGGAAGUGUGUCAGUGUCUGGGAACAAAGGACGCCGCAGACAUUCUCAGACUGUGUCUCUGCUCCGACCAUCUGCCGGCUUCAGAGCCGCUGUCAGGCUCCAUGUUUGAGGUGGUGUGGAGGGUGUGGGACUGGUGGCAUGGAAGGGUGGCAGGGCGACGGCAACCCAACCUGCUGGGAGAGCUGUGGCGCUGGUGGCAACGGUGUGUGGCUGGGGCGCUGCCCGACUACUGGCAGACCUUGCCCAGGCUAUGGCGACGUCCAGCUUCUAGGCGCCGCACCGGAAGUGAGUCCAAGGAGCAUGCGUGGCAAUGGUGGCAGCGCUGCGUGGCUGCAGCCGGACCUGACCCUCUGAUGACCUCGCACCUGUACGAAAAGCUUGUGGCCAGGUUUUGUGGUCCCGCUACAACUGUCUCCAUGCCCUGCACGACCUCGCCCCGCCUGGCUUUGAAGACCCGAGGUCACGCCGUGUCGGCCACGGGUCAGUGCUACACGGCCGACAUCGCGCUGUUCCCGGAGCAGAUUGACCUCCUGACCCAGCCUCCCGCCAGACUCUUCCUGACCGGCCCACCCGGCACGGGCAAGACGGUGGUGCUGCUGCUGAUGGCCUCGGUGUGGCUGCAGCUGGACCGCGACGUCUACGUCGUCAGCACGUGGGAGAACAGUCGUGUGUCCUGCCGCAUGCUGCACCACCUACUGCAGCAGAAGUGCAGCUCUCACCCGGCAGCAGCAGGCGACCCGCAGAGACUGCACUACCUGCAGUACGACCUGCACUGCGAGGAGGACAUCAAGAAGGCCGUUGAUGAUCUCGCGGACGUGGCGGUGGACGGAGCGUUGAAUGUCAUCGCUGAUGACGUGGGCCCAGAUUUCUGGCAGCAUUCUCAGCCGUUCCAGACAUUUUGCGAGGACCUGCUGGCUCGUGUCCCUGACCUCCGGCUGUGGGGGGCGAGUUGCCAGCACCGUCACACCCCCCGCUCCUGGCAGAAGGUGACCUUUACUCGCCCCCUCCGCUGUCCCCCCGUGGUGGUGAGGGAGGUGGCCCAGGCCCCCCAGAUGACGCGCUUUGACACUGUGGCGUGCUACAGCGUGCGGGGGGUGCCUGACCACACCGAUGGCCCACCCAUUAAGUGGGUCUUUCACCGGGGCACCGAGCACCCCGGGUGGCAGCCCAUCAACUGCGUCCGCUGUGGGGAGGAGGUGGCAAGGUUCCUGCGCAGUCUUUGUGUGGGAGCACGAGUUGCAGGCCCUUUGCCAACUUCCGGUGGCGGCGGCACAACUCUGGACGUGACGUGCCCACCCGGCCUGCAGUACAAGGACGUUCUCGUGCUCUGCUGGGGUGCCCCGGACGAAAACCUGGGUUUGGUGAGGAGUCUGGACAAGGCGGGUAUCCCCGUGCGGGUGAUGAGAGAUGAUGACGACGAAGCUGACGUGGCCGCAGCACGCAGUGACGUCAUCUGGGUGGCGCAGGGGGACCGAGUGCGCGGGGUGGAGAGGAAGGUUGUCGUAGCCGUCGGCCACAACGUCCCCCGUCUGACGGGCAUCUACCACCGCCUGGACUGGAUCUCGCGCUGCACUGCGCAGCUCGUCUGGGUUGUGCCCCUUCCGGCGGAUGUAGACGUGUCGUCUCUCCUCAAGCGGUGACGUCCUUGUCGCCAUACCCGGAAGCUGUUUUAUUAUUAUUAUUGUAAAUGACUCAGUGAAUGAAGCAUCUUGGGAAGCGUGUCGAAACCUUUGUGUCGGUCUGUCCAGGCUAGCAAACCUUGUCACGGAGCUCAGCUGACCACGCUGACAAACUCUAGGGCUGCAUGGAGUUCAUGGUGACAGGCAAAAUAACUCGAGGCCUCGAAACUGAAGACCCUUUGAUUACUGAGAAACCAUAUAAUCUGUGUAAAGUCUAAUCGAUGGACACUUACCUAAUCUCUACUAUCAGACAUUGAUAUCGAAACUGAGUAACGAACAUUUAACAACAUUAUGUUAUGAGAAAUGUCUAUAUAGCUACCUAGUCUGCUAUCAUGCUUUCCGUUAGCUUCUUUACAACAUUUGAUGCAUUUUGCUCUCCGAGGACAACGAAACACUCAGUGUACAACGACUGGAAAAUGCAAGAAAAGUGUUUGAUUGGAGAAAUGUGUGCCUGUGGUGUUUACACUCAAGAGACAAGAAAGAACUUGAAGGGAAUGGACCUCUACAAGGUUGUUGAAGAUAAUUUCACGAUUUUUAACUUUUAAAAAAAUGUAUUGCAUAAAAUCAGGAACAAGUUGAAUUACGAUAUCCGCAAAAUAUUUAUUAAAUAUGCAUUUAACUUAUUAUAAAAAACUAAAUGUUAUCAUACAUGUUGAAAA